AUGCUCCACGUGUUCCGGGCCACAGGCAGGAUCGUGUCCCCUGCAGCCCAGCAUCUGCCACGCAGACGAUACUACAUCAGCGGCCAACCCCUCCUGCAGCGGCAGGUCCUGGAGACCCCGGUGGGCUGUGUGGCCAGGAGUGUGAACUCAGACCUCCGGCCUUGGGAGCAAGCCUCGUCUGCGUCUCCGGGGAGGAUGCGGGCUCUGGCAUUGGAGGCCCAACUGGAACCCCAGUCACGCCAGACUCUGCGCACAGGCCCCGCCUGGAGUCCGCGUGUUCGACUUCCCACUUUUGGUGAACAUCCCCAGAGGACCCCCGGAGCCAGGCCAGCAGCAGGGAUGGAGUUGCCAGGGUCCGGCACACAGCCCACCAGCCCCAAGGCCACCCAGGAGCCGUCCCUGGCCAGCCCGCGCGCCCUGGUGGACCUGUGUCUGGCCUGCUCCCGCUGCACCCCACAUCUCAGUGAGAGCACCUAUCUGCGGAGCAGGGUGGAGCACAGCUGUGCCUGCGACAUCCUGCUGGCCCGCCUGAAGAGAGCCGCCGAGAGCAGUGUCUGGCGCAAGGUGGACCGCCCGCCCAGCUUCCCGCAGCCUGCGCGCUGUGAGGUCGGCCGCUACUACAGCCCGGGGCUUGGCUGCAGGCACCACCACAACCAGUGCACCUUUGCCAGGAGCCCCAAGGGGGCGCUAGUCUGGUCCUUUGAGCUCGAGCACAACGUUGGCCACCUGUGGGUGAAGGUGGGGGCGCAGAGCGGCGUGGCCCAGGGGAAGCCGCUGGCCCCAGCCGACGCCGUCCUUGCGGAGUUUGGUGGCCACUUCCAGACACUCUGCUCUCCCUGCUUCCAGCGCCGCCCCCCGGGCAUCUGUCCGCGAGGGCGUCGGUGCCAGCACGGCGCGUCCUGCCGCCGCUGUGAUCACAACACUGUGGAGGUGCCUGUGUGGGAGGCCCAGCUUGGUCAGAAGGGCCUGCUCACGGCCCUUGCCCUCAGUGGGGAUGGGCACACAGCCCUCCACGGCCAGCGCCCCAGAGUCCAGCUGGACUGCCACGCCUCUGUCACCUGCCGCUCCCAGGAGGCCUCCGAGAACCACUGCUCCCCCCCUGAGCACACACAGAUGCUGGAAUUGAAACUAGUCGUGCCCUUGAAGCACCGCAGCCUGCCUACUGGGCUCGCCCCUCUGGAGCUCUACCCGCGGCCCAGCCUCUGUGAGUUCGGGGUUAUGAAACAAGGUGCAAAGCAAGAGCUGCAGGAGUGGACCCAGCAUUGGACCGUGGAGCUGAGGUGGUCGGCGGCCUGGCAGGAUGGGCUGGGGUCUCACUGCAAGAAGCUGCUGGCUGAGUACCAGGACAGUGCCAGUGAGGUAUUGGUGUUGGCUGAGACCCCUGACCAUGUAUCUGUCGGCUGCAAGCGGCCCCUGGUGCGGUGGACUUGGGAGAGGCAGGCGGCGCACACCUGGACCUUCACCAUCUGUUCUGAGGAGCCCCUGCGAUGUGUAGCCCUGCUCAAGCAAGACUUUGGAGCAGACGUCUCACUGGUGGCCCCCAGCCUCUCAACAGGCCGGGUCUUUGCCCAGAGCGAGCACUUCUGCACGCCCAGCUGUCUGGCCGUGUUCCGGGUGGGGUGCUGGCAGAGCGCUUCCCCAGGCACCUUCGAGCAAUGGGUGGUCUUUGACUUUGGCUGCCGGCUGGUGCUGCUCAGGAAGCUGGAGUUGCAGGUGGGCCAGGAGCACUUCCGGGGCCCGGGCAACGCCACACCUGGCCACCUCCCUGAGGAGCCGGACCGCUGGCACACAGGCAACCGCCACGUGGUGCCUGGCAUGGAGAGGAUGGGUGCCCAGGUGGCCAAGUCCGCGGGGUCUGCUCCAGCCCUGGAGGCCCCUGACCAGGGCUCCAUCUUCCCCACCGCCCGGCAGAAACUGCACUGGGCUCUGUGUGAGGAGGAGGCUGCUCAGCGACACCCGGUGGCCAAGCUAAACUGUCGGGGCCUGGCAUCCCUGAGGACAGCACUGGAGACAUCAGUCCUGGACACACUCUUGCCGCCACAGGGACCCCUGUACGCUGAGAUGCCCGACAUGGACGAGGGCUUUCUGCUGAGCCGCGCAGUCAGCACGGCGCUCGUGGCCCCCGUGCCUGGGCCUGAUCCCAGGGUGUGUGGGGUGUGGGUGGAGACGCGGCCCAACUCGGGGCAGGUGCUGUGGCUGCUGCUGCCUGCCCACUGUUGCGCGGCCCUGGGGCUACAGCCCAAGCCUGGGCACCCCAUCUUGGAAGUGCAGUUCCAGAAUGACCCGCUGCCCUUCCACCUCUGGCACCAGGCGGUGGACGCGCUGCCAGAGGAGAGCCUGGUGGUGCCUGACCUGUCAGCCUGCACCCUGCCCUGCCCUGGGCCUGUCUCGCCCACACUGCAGGGCGACCGCAGGCAGAAGCAGGCUGUGGCGGUCAUCCUGGGGACCAGCCCUGGGGUGGGGCAGCCUGUUGCCCCUCUGCUCGUCUGUGGCCCCUCUGGCACGGGCAAGACCUACACGCUGGCCAUGGCCUCCCUGGAGGUCGCCUGCCAGCCUCGUAAGGUGCUCCUCUGUACGCGAACCGACAGGGCGGCCGACACCUACGCUGCGGAGUAUUUCCACCCCUACGUCAGCAGCGGUCACCCUGAGGCCGCUCCCCUCUGGGUGGUGCACACGGACUGCCCACCCAGCCUGACGGACGCGGCCACGCUGAGGUACUGCUGCCUGACCGAGGACCACCAGGCCUUUCGCCUGCCGACCUGGGCCAAGCUGGAGCGGCACCACAUUGUGUUGGCCAGCACCUCCUGGACACGCCAGCUCGGGGUGCCCAUUGGCUUCUUUUCCCACAUCCUCAUUGACCAGGCCUCCCAGAUGCUGGAGUGGGAGACGCUCACGCCCCUGCGUUACGCCGCGCCCGGCACCCGAGUGGUGCUGGCGGGCAGCCACGUGCAGGGCACGCCCGGCUCUUCAGUGUGGCCGGGCGCCGGGGCAGACGUGCUGCGGCACCGCCUCCUCGAGCACCACCGGCAGCAAACGCUCCAGGUCGCCCAGAGGAGCUGCACUAUUUUGUACAAGAACUACCGCUCCACCCAGACCGUUGUCCGCUUUGUCUCCGACCACGUCUCCCUAGCCAGCGGCCACUCCAUCCAGGCCAGCGGCAAGAUCCCUGGCCACCGGUGGUACCCGCUCCAGUUCUGCCGCGUGGCGGGCAGCCCCAGCGACGUCUCCACGACGUCUUGGCUGAAUGCAGCCGAGGUUCUUCAGGUUGUCGAGAAGGUACAGGAGGUCUGUAACUCCUGGCCCCAGUGCUGGGGCCACCGGGAGCAGAGGAGCACCGCGUUGUGUCCCACAGGGCCCAGGUGAGACCCUGCCGCCCAGGUGAGCGCGAUGAGGCAGGAGCUGAGGAAGCGGGACCUGGGCCAGGUGUCUGUGGGCAGCUUUGAGAAUCUGCCAGGUGGGUGAGACUUCCGGGUGGUGGUGCUGGGCACACUGCACACCACCCACAGCCUGAAGCCGGAGGCACCGGCCCCAGGGUGCUUCACGGACGCCUGCGUGCUCAGCACCGUCAUGACCCAUACACAGGCCCAGGUGGUGGCCGUGGGCGAUGCUGUGGCCCUCUGCUCCCUGGAGGCUUGCAGCAAGCUCUGGGGGAGCUUCCUCCGUGAGUGUGUGGAGCACGGCGCCGUCUGCCCCGAGGGCCUGUCUCUGGAGCAGAUCCAGAAGCAGAGCUGGGCCAGCUGCUGGCAGCCUGCGGCCCAAGAAACAGAAAGAGGCGCUGUGGCAGGACCGUCAGCCCCAGAGAUCAGGGAGCCCGAGGGCCCUGUGGGCUUCUGGCCUUUUGACAGGGAGCUCAGCAGCAACGAGCCCCGCCCGCAGCAGCUCCUGGACCACAGCCGGGACGUGACAGUGACCGUCCAGGAGGAUGGGCUGCUGGACAGCUUCGCCCGGCCCUUGUCUCCCCCGCCGGCGUGGCAGUAUGUGAACCUGCCGGAAGCCAAACAGCAGAAACUUCUCCACAAGUGGCCCCAGCAGCACUGCUGCCACGCCUUCCUGAGGGAGAGCCUCCGAGGUGAGAGCGUCCCGCUGGACGACGGGAAGUUUGGGCCCAUCCAGCUCAAGGGCCGCCUGCACUGCGGGAUGGCCUUCCCUGGGGACGAGGCGCUGGUGCAGGUGCUCGGCUGGGCCAGGUGGCCCCAGGGCCGCGUGCUGAGCAUUCACCAGAGGGAGCAUCGCCAGCUGGCGUUCGUGUGCCAUGUGGACGAGUGGGAACCCUGCGUCAUGACCCCCAUCGAUGGCUCUGCCACCAAGGUCCUCGUGGCUGGGCUGCAGGACCCGCUGCAGGUGCCUGUCCACCGCCUUCUGCAGGGCUGCGUGCAGCGUGUGGGGCACGAGCCACUCUCGGUGGAGGCCUGGCACCACCGCCUCUUCUGGGUGUGUGUCCUUCUGUGGCGGGAGCGCUUCUACUACCCACUGGGCGUCCAGAAGGUGCUGCCCGAGGCCACCACCUGGGAGCAGUCUCCAGAUCUUGGACCUGGCCUGCAGGCUGAAGGAGCCUCCCCACACCCGGCCUCGGUCCGCGAGGCGCUGCACAGGCACCACGCUGAGCUCAGCCGGGCGCCCAGCUGCCUGGAGGGCUGCCGCAGCUUCCUGGCCUUCGCCACGGACACCCUCACCUGCAACCUGGACGGCGCCAUCAGCCAGGACCGGGGCCCCACGUAUGAGGUGGCCACGCACAUCGCUGACGUGGCCAGCUGCAUGCCCAGGGACGGGGGCUCUGGGCCUGGAGGCCUGCAGGCGGCGGGGGCCACCAUCUACGCCCCUGACCAGGCAGUGUCCAUGCUGCCAGCCAGCCUCCUGCCAGGCCAGGACCACUUAGCCGUCUCCCUCUUCUUGACGACCGAGAAGGGCAGCAACCAGCUCAAGAGUGAGUGCUUUGCACCCGCUGUGAUCUGCUCUGACCACCAGCUGACCUGUACAGAGGUGGAGCAGGUGAUCAGGGGGCACCGGGGCGCCGGCCUCAAGCUAGCCUGCCUGGACUCUGUGGACGCCUGUGUGGCAGCCGCGUGCUACUUCUCCCACAUGCUGUGCCAGCGCCGCCUCAGGGGCGACAGUCAUUACAAGCAGCUGGACGGGGACAGCGUGCUGGGCUUCCGCGUGGCCCACAUGAUGGUUGAGGAGUACAUGGUCCAGUUCAACAGCCAGGUGGCCAAAUUCCUGGUGGACAGUGAGGGUACAAAGGGGGUCACACCCUUGCGGGUGCAGUGUGAGCCCAGCUUCGGCUGGCUCAGAGCCCUGAGCCAGGACCACGAGGACUGGGUGCCGUUGUCCCUGCACCUCUGCCACCACCGGCUGGGCAGCUUCAGCUCCUACAUCUCCCCAGACCUGCAGUUCCACGUCCUGGUCUCCGUCUAGAGGUAACUCCAGCUUGCAGCCCACGCCCAGGGCUUCAUCUAACGCGAUCUCAUCUCCACGGACGACGUGCACCCCUCCCUGGCCCCUGCCCUCCUUGACUUGAGCAGGGCCCAAGGCCACACAGUCUUCGGCCGCCAGGGCAUGGAGCUGGAUGGCCACUACUCGCUGCAGGUGGACAGGUACACCUGGGCCACCUCACCCAUUUGCAGGUACAUGGAUGUGGUGCUGCAGCGGCAGAUCCUGCUGGCACUGGGCCAAGUAGGGUCCCCCUACGUGCCCGGGGACAUUGACGAGCUCUGCCAGGACUUCAGUUGCCAGUACAGGUGUGCCCAGAGCUUCCAGCGCUGGGCUUGUGGCCUGAACCUGGCCGCCUGGCUCAAGACCCAACCGCAAAGCAAGCUGGGCUUUGUGGUGGCCGCGGAGGACACCUGCUUCAAGCUGUUCUUCCCAGCCAGCCACAAGACCCUUCUGGACCUCGACCCUGUGCACUGCAGCUCCCUGCAGCCACCCAAGCACCCCUGUGGCCGGCCAGGUGGCUGCGGCUGCAGCUCCUAUGGCGGCGCCGCCCUUACUCCACCAGCUGCUGAGGCUGAUGAAGAAGCCGAGGGCGGGCAGCGGGGCGAGCCCAGCUUCGAGCCCCAGCAGCGGGAGCCGGGACAGGCGAGGUGGAGCACCUGCGGCCCCUUCGUGGAGGCAGCCUGGGAGCUGGGCAGUGGUGAUACACUGCACGUACAGCUCCAGCUCAGUGCCGCCCUGUAGCGUGGGCUCCUGGAGCCGGUCCUGCAGCUGUGGACUGUGGCGCCUGGCCUCAGCCUUUGCCUGGAGCACGUGGAGCAGCCAGGGGACGGCUUCUCACCCUGUGUGCCCCUGGUGGGUCGGGACUGGCACCAGGACGUGGAAGACGAAGCCCACGUGUGGGAGCCCUUCUGCUGCCUGGAGUCGGCCACCCGCGCUGCGGCCGAGAACGAUCCUGUGACUUUGCAGGAUGUGGCCAUACCCUGCGGGGUGGAGCGGACGCCCCAGGGGCAGCUGCAGGGCACCUUCUGCCUGGAGCCCGCCUUCCUCCAGGAGCGAGGCAUCGACAUCAGCUUUGGCCACUGCUACCCGUGCAUCCAACUCGAAGGGCUGCUGGCCACGCCACGCCCCCGGCCAGCUGCGUCAUCCCUGUGAAACAUUGACCCUGACACACAUACCUGGGUGACACCCGGGCUGGCGGAGGAUGAAGCCCAAAGGAGGGCUGGGCCAGCUAAGUAGGUGCCCUUCUUCCUUCAGCACGUGGCCAUGGGUGUGGUUCCGGAAGAGGGGCUAAGGCCUGGGGGCUUCACCGCCGACGAGCUGCCCAGGCAGCUCCGGGGCCUCUGCCAAGACGAAGCUGUGUGUCGGCUCAAGGGUGCAUCCCCGUGGGUCAUCAGCAUAGCCCAGGGCCAGCCCACCCCCCAACCCAGCCAGCAGCCCCUCCACAGAGGGACCCCCAGCAGUUUCCUGGAGUGACCAGCCUUCGACAUUCCUGGAGGCCAUCACAAGAUGAACCCAAGCCAGAAUGAGGCCGUUAGGGAGGCUCUGAAGAAGCAGUUCACGGUCAUCUGGGGCCCACCAGGCUCUGGGAAGGCGGUGCUGGGUGUCCACACUGCCUACUGGCUUUGCACGUCAAACGAGGAGCAGGUGCCAGCCUGUGGCUCCCACAGUGGCCAGCUGGGGGGGGCCAUCUUGUGCUGCAGCCCCUCCAACCAGUCGGUGGACACCCUGGCUUCCUCAGGACUUCUCCUGAGCAGGAGGGCAAAGCUGAAGCCCCUUCGUGUGCACAGGGAGCAGGAGGAGGCCACUGAGUGCCCAGUGCCGGGUGUGGGCAGCAGGGGCCCCCUAAGAACCCCUCAGGAGGGGAGGCCCAGCCAGACCCUCAGGAGCAUCGCCCUGCACCACCGGGUCAGUCAGUCUUCCAACGCCCAUGCGGCUGACGUCAGGGUCGGUGCCCGGCUGCAGGAAGGGGAGAUCUUCUCCAAGGAGAUCUUCAGCUGGUACAGGAAAGUCCUAGGGCAGGCUUGGAAAUUCGAGCUUGACCGGCACCGCACUGUCCUGUUCACGUGCUGGCAUGCGGGCUCCUCCAGCCUUGAGGACCUGGACAUCCGUCAGAUCCUUGCGGAUGAGGCGGGUGUGGCCUCGGAGCCAGAGACCCUCAUUCCCCUGGUGAACUUCUCCCAGGCUGAGAAGGUGGUCCUUCUCGGGGACCACAAGCAGCUGCGGCCUGUGGUCAGGAGUGAGCUGCUGCAGAAGCUGGGGCUGGACCGGUCUCUGUGGCAGAGGUACUUCAGGGGUGCCUGCCUGUGGGAUGUGCAGUACCACAUGCUGAGUCAUGAGCGCAGCUGUGCGUUCCCCUCAGGGGAGUUCUACGAAAGGGAACUGAAGAUCUGGCAGGGCCUGGGCAGGCCGCCCAGCGUCCUGGGCCACGCUGACGAGAAGGGCUGCUCGGUCAUCUUUGGCCACUUGCAGAGCAAAGAGAAGAGCCGGCUGCUGUCUACGGACGAAGAGGGUGAGGAUUCCAAGGCGAAGGAUGAGGAGAUGGCAGUGGUGGUCUGCAUCGCCAGAGAGCUGCCCCUGAGGGGGACAGUGGGCCCCAAGGACAUUGCCAUCCUCACGCCCUACAACGCCCAGGUGGCGGAGAUCAGCAAGAGACUUGAGCAUCAGGAAGAUGUUCCACGAGUGACUGUGUGUUCCAUCACCAAGAUUCAGGGGAGCCAGUGGCACUAUGUUAUAGUGAGCAUGGUCCGCACCUGUGACAAGAGUGACAUAGACCCGUGACCGACCAAGAACUGGCUGAAAAACUCCCUGGGCGUCAUUGCGGACCCCAGCCAAGUGACCGUGGCCCUCGCCCAGGCCCAAGAGGGGCUCUGUGUCAUCGGAGACCACCACCUUCUGCGCUGCUGCCCGGUCUGGUCCUGACUCCUGGACCUCUGUGAGGCCCAGCAGAGCCUGGCCCCGCCUCAGAGGUGA